AUGGUGCUGGAUCAAGACUGCUGGCAUGGCAACAGAUAUCUCGUCGAAACAUACGAAAAAUCAACUCGUCUCCUCCCCUCCGAUCGUGCCCACCGUGUCAACGUACGUGUGUGGGUGAGUGCAGCCGAAGGCACAUUCCUCGUACACGCGCUUGCGAUUCUGUACGGUAGUGGGGCGGCGCCUGAUGCCGCAGAUACGCUUCAGGCAGGCCUUGCGGGGGUAAGCAACGCAAAUUUCCUCGUUGACGAUGGUAUGAAGAUCGCAGAUACGAUGAUAGAGUUCAGUGUUGUUUUUAUCUUAAAGAUGGGCUUCGGCACAAAAGGAAGGAGUUGGCCGGCAGUGGAAAAGUGGUUGGCGAAUGUUCAGAACCAGGAAUUAUACAAGAAGGCAGUCUAGAAGACUGGUUAUAUACUUGCGUAAACACAAUUCGUGGAAGGGAACGUGCGGUGAUAUCUUUG